AUCGUUCGGUGGCUGGAUGAACACACCCCGCAUACAAACGGGGAGGAUGAGCUGAACAAUAUCAUCUUUGCCGCUGCUAAUGGAGGUUCUGCCGAGUUUGCAGCGUCGCUGGUACCUGCAGGUAAGAGUCUGGUAAAUUAUCUGCAUCCGACUACGCAUCCGCAGCUCGAAGUGAUUGAGAUGCUGCUGGACUCUGGGUACCUUCGACAGGACCGGGAGUGUGCUGCAUAUUCGCUAUGUGAGCUGGCGUCUGAGGGACGUCUUGACCUGAUGCAGAGGAUCAUGAUGCUGUACUCGCCGCCACCGCCGACGAGUGAUUUUAACUGGUUCAGGCCCUGGUACCGAGCUGUCCGGAAUGCAAUCACGGCCGGAGAUCUUCCGAUGCUGAAGUGGCUGGUCAAGCACCCAACUGGACAAGACCUUUGCGUGAUAUUCAACACUCACCAACAGGAUUAUCUGAAUAACUUUUUCGCUCUGGCAGCGCAGGCAGGCAACCUGGAGAUGGUGGAGUAUCUAUUCCAGAACGGAGGAUAUGGUCAAAUUGAAGGCGCACUGUUCCAAGCCGCUGACCAAGGCCACUUGGAGGUUGCCAAGUGGCUGCUUCGGAACUUCUCGUUCAAUAACCCUGAAUCCGUCGACAAGGUGGUUAACACUGCUGCAAGCGCAGGUCGAGUGGAGAUCUUGCAGUUUCUCCAUGGCGUUAAUGUGGACAAGUUCGCUGGGUUGUGGUCGCAUGGUGCGAUGGAUGUGGCCGCUGUUGAAGGCCACUUGGCGGUUGUGCAGUGGCUGCACGAGAAUCGCUCCGAAGGGUGCACAGCUGCUGCCAUGGAUGAAGCUGCUUCUCAUGGCUAUCGUGAUGUCGUGAAAUGGCUCCACACGAACACGAAGGCUCCAUGCACAACGAAAGCGAUGGAUGGAGCUGCGAAGAACGGUCAUCUGGACGUGGUCAAGUGGCUGUUUGAGCACGCUCAGAGGGAUGCACUUGUUGGUGCCAUCGAGAACAGUCACGUCAAGGUGGUCUGGUGGCUGAAGCAUCAUCUUCCGCAGCUCAUGCCGCCAAAGCAACAGUACUGGAUCCAAGCUCCGAAUCAGUUCGACAUGAUUUUCCUGCUAGGCAAGUUUUACCCCGUGUUUUUCGACCUGGGCAGCCCCAGGCGCCCUAUCGUGGGUAUUCACUCGGAGGCCAACGACGCGUAUAUCCUCAGCUGGCUGCAGCAAACGUUCCCCUUGGUGAACCUUUGCAGCCUGCAACACCCGAUGGCAUAG